UGCGAAUUGAAUUGCGGCACGUUUCUCGCAAGAGAAAACGCAACAUCGACAUAUGGAUAGAGAAGUACCGCCCGUAAAACCUAGACGAUGUAGUGGGAAACCCGUUUGUCAUAAACACGCUCAAGAGCAUCAUCGUGUCGGGAAAUAUGCCCAACUUGCUCCUAGCUGGGGCUCCGGGAACUGGAAAAACGACUAGCAUCCUCUGCUUGGCCAGCGAAAUGUUAGGCUCCCAGGCGAAGAAAGCCGUCCUGGAAUUGAACGCCUCAGAUGACAGAGGAAUUAACGUAAUCAGAGACAGAAUAAAAAGUUUCGCAAAGGAAAUAAUAAGUCUCCCUCCAGGAAAACACAAAAUUAUUAUACUAGACGAAGUGGACUCCAUGACCACAGCGGCACAACAGUCAUUAAGAAGAAUCAUGGAGCUGUACUCGGACAUCACAAGAUUUGCUUUAGCUUGUAAUCAGUCUGAAAAAAUAAUUGAUGCGCUUCAAAGCAGAUGUGCCAUUAUACGGUACUUAAAAUUAUCUGAUGAUCAAGUUUUAAAGCGAAUUGUAAAAAUAUGCCAAAUGGAAAACAUAAAGUACACAGACGAUGGGUUGGAAACCCUCACCUUUAUAGCAGACGGGGACUUAAGAAAGGCAGUCAAUUGUCUGCAGUCCACUUAUGCUGGGUUAGAAGUUAUAAACAAAGAAAAUGUGCUAAAUAUCUGUGACAUUCCUUCUCCUGAAAGAAUUGAAAGUUUACUAAAAUUUUGCGUAAACAGUGAGUGGAAAAAGGCACAUGACAUUGCAUAUGACAUGAUAAGGGAAGGACACACCCCUUUCGACGUUGCCCUAACGUCUUCAAAUGUGUUGAGGAGGUACGACUUAGGCUCCGAAGCUGUGCAAAUGGAGUUCUUAAAAAUUGGUGCCAUGGCUUGUAACACCAUGGCCAGUGGUUUGGCCAGCGUUAUCCAGCUGGAUAGGUUGCUCGCCGAUUGGUGCAUAGCAGCCAAAGCCUUCCGCACCAAGUGCUAG